AUGGUAGCAAAUGAAGAAGAGAUAAAACGCUCACAACAUUUCGCUACCGUUCCUAAAGGAAAUGAUAGCGGAAUAGCUACAAUUGGUGUUGAGGUUCAUCCGUUGGACUUCCAUACAAACUGUGGAAAGAUCCGGUUUUACUGCUGGGAUACAGCUGGACAAGAGAAGUUUGGAGGACUCCGUGAUGGUUAUUACAUUCUUGGGCAAUGUGCAAUUAUUAUGUUUGAUGUUACUGCUCGGUUGACUUAUAAGAAUGUUCCUACAUGGCACCGGGAUCUCUGCAGAGUUUGUGAGAAUAUUCCUAUUGUUCUAUGUGGAAACAAAGUUGAUGUCAAGAACAGGCAGGUGAAGGCAAAGCAAGUUACAUUCCACAGGAAGAAGAAUUUGCAGUACUAUGAGAUCUCUGCUAAGAGCAACUAUAAUUUUGAAAAGCCUUUCUUGUACCUUGCCAGAAAGCUUGCUGGGGAUGUCAACCUUCAUUUUGUGGAAUCCCCUGCUCUGGCUCCUCCAGUAGUACAAAUUGACAUUGCUGCACAACAAAAGCACGAGCUUGAGCUACAAGAAGCCGCCAAUCAGCCACUUCCAGACGACGAUGAUGAUGCCUUUGAUUAGAGCUAUAUCCAAGUGUUGUCUUUGUCUUCUGCACAUCUCGUGAUGUUAUUUGGUAGCAAUGCGGCAUUUCAAAGCAAUAGUGCGUAUUCUAUUGACGACAUAAAUGAGAUUCGGGAGCAAUGGGCAAAAUACUUCUUCUCUCAGUGCGUGUAACUUUUGUUUUAUUAAUAAAGCUAUUAUGUUUUAAUUUGAAGAUAGUAUUGUGUUUUGAUUAUAUAUAUAUUAUUGUAUUAAAGUGGAUGUGAUGAUAUCAAGUAUAUAUUAUGCUUUGAUCA